GAAAUAAACAAAACAAACCAAAAAGCAUGGAGUCUGUUCUGGGGCAUCAGCAGCAGCAUCAGGGAGGGUGAAACCCUUAAAGAAGAGCAGAACCUGUGUUGUUUGACGUUAAAGGAGCGAACCUUUCUAGUUGGACAGAAUCAGAAACAUGCCCUGGAUGGGGCAGCUAUAACAAUCUCUUGUCCAUUAACUGUGGGAAUCUUCAAAGUAUCAUUGCAUGUAUAAUUUUCUUGCCACUGAUAACAAAGAAAAGCUGGUAAAGAGGCCAGCAGGGAAUCAGAAAAUACACUUGGGAUUGAGUUUGGAGGACUUGGGUUUUGAGAUGCCUCAGCCCAUUGUCAGUGGAAUGGACCCUCCUUUCGGGGAUGCCUUCCGAAGCCCCACAUUCGCAGAGCAAACUUUAAUCAGCACUGAUCUCUUGGCAUCCAGCUCAGACCCAGACUUCAUGUAUGAAUUGGAUCGAGAAUUGGGUUAUCAGCAGAGCCCAACUGAAAACUUCCUGACUCUUGAAGACUACAAAGAAUUAGAAAACCUAGAAUCCUACACAGAUAUCCUUGAAAAUGGUACACCCUUGUCAUCUAAUUGGGAGCAGUGGGAUACAUACUGUGAGGACCUUACAAAGUAUACAAAACUUGCAAGUUGUGACAUUUGGGGCUCUAAAGAGGUGGACUAUCUAGGUUUAGAUGAUUUCUCUAGCCCCUAUCAGGAUGAGGAGGUGAUCAGUAAAACUCCAACUCUUGCUCAGCUUAACAGCGAAGACUCUCAAUCAGUUGUUGACUCUCUUUAUUACACAGAGAGCUUCCUAGGCACCAAGGCAACUUUUUUGCCAGGAAAAAAAAUGGCAGGUGGACGAGUUACAGCCCCAGUGUGUGCAUCCAAAACUUCCAUUAUGGAAUCACCAGCAACUGACCUCAUCCAGAAAGCUACCAAACCAGUUGCAAGCACUCAGAUGUCAGUAAAGACUAAUGUUUUUUGUGAAGAGAAAGUUAAUGUUCAUGGAGAGUGCAAGGAAUAUGUAAAAAAGGCAAAAGUUAAAAUCAGCUCCGUUCUUCCUAAUAGACUAACCACCACAGUGUGUGCUACAGAUGCGACCAAGGAAAAUACAUGUUUUUGUGGUGUCAUGGCCAUAAAGCAAGAAAGGUUUGGGGAGCCAUCAUUAGGACGCAGUGGUGCCUGUGCUGUGCUGCCUUUCAAAGAGACUCAAAAGCUUUUUUGCCCACCUGUGAAUGUGACUACUGUUGAUACAGUAGAUGGCAGCAUCUCUGUAGGUGCCUCUGUAUCUGAUCCCUCUCAAAAGAAAGAGGAGCACAAUUACUCACUCUUUGUUUCUGAGGGUCUUGCAGAGCCAACAACCAAAGCAGAGAGCCCACAAGGUGAAGAAGAUGAAGAGGAGGUAGAUUUGGAUGAGGAAGAUCACGAUGAAGGAUUUGGUAGUGAGCAUGAAUUAUCUGAGAAUGAUGACGAGGAGGAAGAAGAAGAGGAGGAGGAAGAGGAGGAGGAGGAGGAGGAUUAUGAGGAUGACAAAGAUGAUAUCAGUGAUACUUUUUCUGAACCAGGUUGUGAAAAUGAUUCAGUUGACGAUCUCAAAGGAAUCACUGCUGUAACAUCUAGGAAAAGAGGAAAACGGAGAUACUUCUGGGAAUAUAGUGAACAGCUGAUGCCAUCUCAACAGGAAGGGAUCUUAAGACCCUCUGAGUGGAACAGGGAGACUCUGCCUAGUAACCUGUAUCAAAAGAAUGGUUUGCAUCAUGGAAAGUAUACUGUGAAGAAAUCUCGUAGGACAGAUGUGGAGGACCUGACACCUAACCCUCGGAAGCUCCUUCAGAUUGGAGGUGAACUUCGUAAAUUAAACAAAGUGAUUAGUGAUCUGACACCUGUGUCAGAACUUCCACUAACUGCCAGGCCACGCUCCCGCAAGGAAAAAAACAAGUUGGCUUCUAGAGCUUGUCGUCUAAAGAAAAAAGCACAAUAUGAAGCAAAUAAAGUAAAGCUGUGGGGUCUAAAUACAGAAUAUGACAAUUUGCUGUUUGUGAUCAAUUCCAUUAAGCAAGAGAUCAUGAAUCGGAUGCAGAUUCCAUGGGAAGAAUGGUCUGCUAGCAUGGAACAGAAACUGGACAGCCUUAUUAAGGACUCUCUUGGAUCACCUGUAGCUGGUCAAACAUCUGAGUUUGUAAACCAGAUUUUAGAGAAAACAUCAGAAGGCGAUCCCACUGGUGGUCUAGUGGGGCUACGUAUACCAACUUCAAAAGUGUGACCACCUCUCUUCAUAGCCAGUGCUAAUGUCAACCUCUCAAGUCUUCAAUUUCUAGUGUAAAGUUCAUUCAGCUUUUGCAUGUAUCUCCGGCUGUUACUGUUAGAAUUUUUUUUUUCAAGAAUGCUCUUGUUUAUAACAAUCCAAUGAAACUUUAAACAGUGAGGAGAACUCGAUGCAUGAAACUGUUAACCACAGGAUCUCUGGGUAUUAGUGGUUAUAACUUUUUUUUUUUUUAAUGCAACUGUGAUUUUACUGUUGCCUGCAAGAGGGUUUUUAAACAUGGAGAAGACAUGCAUUGCAACACUUUAAGUUUGUUCUAGGAUAAGAAGCUAUUUUUUGUUCAAAUUCAGUAGGUGUUAGCUAAUGCCAAAAUUAGCCAGUUUUUAGCACUAAUAGUAAGAGAGAGCCACUAUUUCACCACACAUUCUACUGGAAUCUUAGAGAUGUAGUUGUCCCUUGCAAAUGCAUAUGUAACCUUUUUAGAGGUUUUACUAUGGCAAACACAUCUCUAUAUAGUCUAAUAAAAAUGUAGAUGUUCA